CGCUGGUGCUGCAAGAUAUCUUCAUUUCAGAUCAAUUAAUCACCGGAGGCUUUCUUUCUACUUUCGCAAUGACCCUGACGAGGUUCCUCCUGUGAAAGACACACACAGGAACCAAAAAAGAGGAACAGGAAGAGGAAGAGAGUGGUCCGAGAGGUGAUGGACACGACAGUUGAGAACCACAGUGCCGUCACAGUCGCUAAUGGUGCUUUUCCGGUACGGUGCACUGAGGAAGUCCUUCUCACUCUCUUCACAGACGAGAGUCUGCAAGCCGCCAUGGACUCCCAGCACCCCUCACCCUCCCGCGGCGUCCCGCCGGCUCUCACAGAACUCAGAAUCGUCCUCUUGGGCAGGAAAGGAGCUGGGAAGAGCGCGGCAGGCAACACCAUACUGGGAGGAGCAGGAGGGUUCGAGAGCGGGAAGCCCACGGAGGAGUGUGUGAAGAGGCGUGCCGAUGUGGCGGGGAGGAAAGUCACGGUGGUGGACACGCCUGGCUGGGAGUGGUACUACCCGCUUAACAGCACCCCCAACUGGGUGAGGAGAGAAACUUUACGGAGCAUGUCGCUUUGUCUCCCCGGACCUCACGCUGUGCUGCUGGUCGUCCGGUCCUGUGCAUCUGUGACGGAUGACUACAUAGAGGAGAUAGAGGAGCACCUGGAGCCGCUAGGAAAAGGAGUGUGGGAACACACCAUAGUGCUGUUCACCAGGGGAGACGAGCUGGGCCUGGUGUCAAUAGAGCAGCGAAUCGCGACGAGCGGCCCGGUUCUCCACAGACUCCUCCAGAAGUGCGGCAACAGAUACCACGUCGUGAAUAAUCUGAGCAAGGGAGACGGGACGCAGGUCAAAGAGCUGAUAAGGAAGCUGGAGGAGAUGGUGGACAGGAAGGAGGGCGGAAACAGUCAUUUAGAGAUGGACCACACAGUUCUGCUGGGUCUGGAGGCCGACGGGAAGAGGAGAGCCAGAGAGAGGAGGAAGAAGCAGAGGCAGAUGGAGGCGCAGAUGCAGAGAGGGACCAUCAAAGCUGCUCUCACGAGUGACGGUCUUCAAGGCUCUGAGCUAGAUGCCCACCAGUCCUUCUCCAAGACGCCCCGGCGCCUACCUGAGGUCAGGCUGGUUCUCCUGGGUGAGCGUGAAACUGGAAAGAGCUCUGCUGGGAAUGCCAUCCUUGGAAAGAAGGCCGUCUUCCAAUCGGGUGCAGUAACGGAGGAGUGCGUCCGUCAGCAAGCGGAGGUGUCCAUGAGACUGGUGACUGUGGUGGACACACCGGGCUGGGAGGCAGGUGUGGCUGGGGCCACGCCGGAGAGGGUCAAGAGGGAGAUUGUGUGCAGCGUGGCCUUGUGCCCUCCUGGGCCCCACGCUAUCCUGCUGACUCUGAGGGUGGACACGCUGGUGAGGGCGGGACAUGUGAGGGAACAUCUGGAGCUCCUGGGAGAGGGCGUAUGGAGACACACCAUUUUGCUGUUCACCCAUGGAGAUCAGCUUCGGGAGGGUGUGGACAUUGAGCAGCACAUCCAGGGAGGAGGCAGGGACCUGCAGUCACUGCUGGAGAAGUGCAGGGGCAGGUACCACGUCAUCAGCAGCUUAGACGGAGGAGGCUCCACGAAGGUGACAGAGCUCCUGGAGAAAGUGGAAAAGAUGGCGACGAUGAACAGGUGCGAAGCCUUUUCUAGUCUGGUUCAAGAAAUCAGGGAUUUGAGCCACCAAAGGAAUGAAAAGGCCAACCAGCGCCUGAAGGAGAUGGGAGAUAAGAUGCUGCGUCAGGAGACAGAGCUGAAAAAAAUGAGAGAGCGGGAGAUGAAGAGCUUCAGAUGGUUGUUUGACAGAAAGAAGAACGUGAAAUCCCCAGGGAAGGCCGACAUUCAGAGAGAAGAAGAGGAGGAGGAAGACAGGAGGGUUGGCGAGAGGAAGAAUGAUAUUGGCGAGCUAGAGGAGAGGAUGCGGUGGCUGACAGAGGACAGAGAGAAAGAGAUUCAGGAUUUGAGCGUACAAAAUGAGAGGAUCCGCAUAGCGCUCGACCAAAGCCAACGAGAACGGGACAAGGCGAUGCUGAAGCUGGAUCUAAAGGAGAGGGAGAUCGAGGAGCUGAAAGAAAGAACUGAUGAGCAGCACCUGAAGCUUCUGGACCUCGAACGCACCAGUGCAGAAAAGGACCGCGAGAGAAAGCAGAGAGAGGAUGACAUUAGAGCGCAGGAACAAGAACAGAGGAGACAACUACAGAAACUGAACAAAUCUAUUGAAGGUCUCAAGACAGACAAAGAAGAAUGCAUUAAGAACUUUGAUAGUUUAAAAGCUGAAAUAGACCGGGCUAAAAUAGACUAUGAGGAUUUACUAGAGAGACAAGUGCAAGAGAAAAACAGGGAGAUGACAGAGAUGGAGCAAAAACUCCAAAGAGAAAUGGAAAUAAAACUGCUCGAAAAAGACAAACAGCAGGAAGAACUGUCGAGGAAAACAUCAGAGGAAUGGCAGAUAACGCUCAAUAACAUGAAACAGUAUGAAAAGGAUAUAGAGAGUAAAUGUGAAGAAAUGGCACAGCAUAAGAAAGAGCUGGAGAGAAAAAUGCAGGAGAAAGAAGCAGAGAUCAAAGACCUAAAAGUGCGGCAUCAGGAAGAGAUGAGCCGACAAAUAAGCGAGGCGCAAAAGGCGAUGGAGACGUUGAAAGUGCAGCACCAACAAGAACUUGAUAAGAUGACGAGGUUGAAAGCGAAUGAUUUGGAGAGCAUCAGACAGCAGCACGACGAAGAAAUAAGGAGCAUGCAGCGAGAAAAACAAAGGCAGAUUGAAGGGCUCACAGAGCAGUUCAAAAAAGAAAAUGAGGAGUGUUCACAAGCAAAAAAGAAAGAGAUUGCAGAGCUAGAAGAAAAGUACCUCGGCCAAAUGGAAGAAAAACGUGUAGAAAAUGAAAAAGACAAGGAGAGGAUUAACCUAAGUCACAAAAAAGACUUGGAACAAGAGGCGAGAGAGACAGAAAAGCUUGUAGAGGCCUUAAAGCGGCAGCAUCAAGAAGAGAUGGCCGCAAAAACGGAUGAGAUGGUGCGACUGAUGGAGGCAAAGAGGGCCGAACUCGAGAAGGAGACGGAGAGGAAGGUGAAACAAAAGGAGGAGGAUGUAGAAAGAAUCCAACAGCAGUACACUGAGAAACUACGGGAAACGCAGCAAGAACGACAAAGAGAGACCGAAGAGCUGAGACAGCAGCUUGCAAAAGAAAUAGAGAAGCAGCUGCAGGAAAGACAAAGUCAGAUACGAGAAUUAGAAGAAAGGUUUGCAGCCGAAAUGGAAGAAAUGAAGCUCAAACAUAUGAAAGACAAAGACGUGCUGAAUCAGAAUCACGAAAACGACACAAUGCAGAAACUGCAAGAGAGAGACAGACUUACAGAGGAGAUAAAAUGUCAGCUGAAGGAAGAAAUCAAAGAAAUUGAAAGGGAAAAAGAAAGAAACGAGAAGGAGAUGGAGAAAACCUUAGAGGAAAAGGAGAGAGAGAUUGAGGAGAUGAAACUGAACGUUAAAGAAAUAAAGGAAAAGCUCCAGCAAAGUGAGGAGAAAGAAAAAGACCAUCUGAGUUACAGGACAGCAACUGAGCAGCAGCUGAAAGAAAAUGAGAAAGAAAUGGAGGAGAUGAAACUGAGCGUGACAGAGUUGAAGGAAAAGUUGCAACGACAGGAAGAGAAGGAAGCCCAACACUUGAGCAGCAAAAAAGAAAUGGAGCAACAACUGGAGGAAAGAGAAAGAGAAAGAGAAGACCUAAAAGAGCGCCUAAAAGAGGCUGAGCAACAGCUUCGCAGGGCAGAAGAGGAAAAAGAAAGAGACGACUUAAAUCACAAGAAACAGAUGGAGGACGCCCUGGAGGAAAAGGACAGGGUGAUAGGGAAGUUAGAGCAGCACAUAAAGGAUAUUGACGAAAUCCUGCAAAAGAAAGAAGAGGAGAGAGGGGACAUCAUUCUAAACCAAAAGAAAGAGGCAGAGCAACGACUGCAGGACAAAGAAAGAGAGAUGGACGAGAUGAAACGACAGCUUUUAAACAACAUGGAGAAGAAGCUAAGAGAGAAGGAGGCCGAGGUCGAAAGCGUUAAACAGCAGGCCGACUCCAGGGAGGCAAGAUGGAAGGAAGAGCAGAAGAAGACGGAAGAGAAAGCUACGAAUGAGAUGAACAAGCUCAUAGAGAUCAUCGACAAUAAGACAAAAGAAACGGCGCAAGCCCAGUGCGUCACCGCGCAGAGAGACGACGAGAUCAGAGAGGCAAGAGAGAUGUGUGCAAAGUACUUGAAAGAAAUAGAGGAGCUGAAAGAAAGCAACGAAAGCAAAGCCUCCAGCAUCGCCGAGAUACAGCAAAGCCACGCAGAGCAGGAGAGAAGAAGGGAGGCUGAAACGGAGGAAAAGCUGCGCGAGAAAGAGGAGGAGAUCGACCGCCUGCAGCAGAGAGACCGAGAAAACGAGAAGGAGACCGGCCAGCUGAGGCUGACCAUCGAGCAGACGAAGACGGAGCUGAAGGAGCUCGCGCACAGGAUGGAAAAGGAGAUGACGAGCAUGAUUCAAGAAUACGAAAAGGAGAUCGCAAGGAAAAAUGAGGACAUAGAGUCCAUUUCAAAGGAGAAGGACGGCGCUUUGAGUCGGUUGGAGGAAGAAAGUCAGGAGAGUGUCAGGGUCGUCACUGAUAAAUACAAGGAGAGUCAAAACACAGUGAAGGAGCUGCAGGAGCAAAACGAGAAGAUGAUAAAAGAGAUGGAAAAUCUCAAAAUUAAGUGCGAGGAGAUGAAGAAACACAGCGAGGAAGAAGCUAAGAAACAUCUCCAAGAACGUGAAACUGAACUCCAGACCAUCCUUCAGGAGAAAGAUCUGGAGGUGAGGGCAUUAAAGGAGGCCAAGGAUAUGCUAGAAGAAGAGAUAGAAAGAGCGAAAGAGAGGGAAGGGGAGAGCCAGAAGAACGUGAAUGACCUGAAAGAACAUUACGAGAAGCUGCUGAUUGAGAAACAAAGUGAGCAGAGCACGAGGGAGGAGGAGAUUGAAAAGGAAUUCUCGAAGAGGGAAAAAGAAGCUGAUGAAAGGGAACAAGUCCUGAGCAGAAAAGAAGAAGAGCUGAACAUGAGAGGACAUGACCUUGAUGCAAAACAGGAAGAACUUGCUCACAAGGAGGUAAAGAUAGAAAGUAAAGAAGAAGAGCUCAGAAAACUGGAAGCAAAUCUCAAAAUAAGACAAAAACAGCAAGAGGACAUGGACAGAUAUCAGAAAUUGGUGAAGCUGAAAGAACAGAAGGUGGAGAAAAUGGAGAAGGAGCUUGAAAGUUUGCUGAGGGCUCUGGAGGGCAAGAAGGAAGAACUGAGCUUCCAUGGUCUAGACCUCGAGAAGAAGGUAAAAGGACUGAAAGAUCAGGGCAAAGAGCUGAAGAACAGAGAGUGCCACUUAAAAAAUGAAGAGCAGGAGCUGCUCAGCUGGAAAUCAGAGCUGCAGAUGCAGAACGAGCACGUCAGCUCCACGACGCAGCAGUUAGACGAGAUGGGCCGAGACCUGGCCCUGCUCAAGGAAGAACUUCAGCACAAGGAGAAGCAAUUAAAGGAGUCGCUUAAAAAACUGAACAAAUGGGAGCAGAAUCUUAAAGAACGGGAGGAAGAGUUGUUCAAAAAAGAGCAACAACAUUUAGAGAACGGGGAGCAUGUGACUGAUGAUAAUGUGGAAGAGAAAGACUCUCUCUUUCUGGAGGUUGCGGCCGAGAGCUCAGAGGACGACUUGAACCAAGAGGUCAGUGAGAAGAAGGAAAACGGCAGAAGAAAAGGCACGGUUAUAGGAGAAAGUUCAAAGGUUAGGGAGAAUCAGAGCAUUAAAAAAGCACUGUCAGCUACAGGGAGCAAUAACUGUUGCUUUGAAACACUAAAACAAACAAAAGGAAGAGGAAGAGAAACAAGGAAGACAGAAGCAAGAGAGGAAGUGGACAGUUCAAAGGUGAAAAGUGAUUUCAUGUUGCCAUCUCAGAGUCCUGGAAGAUCAAACACCUCUCCCAGUUUGGAUUUAAAAGUUAUGGUUUUGGGGGAGACCUGGUCUUCUCGCUCCCCAGCUGGAGUCACCAUCUUGGGCGGAGAAGCGCCCAAAGUGGAUGGAUCCAGCUUCAGGCCUUGGAGGGGUCAGAUAGCCGGGAGACGCCUCUCUGUCGCGGAGCCACUCGGCCUGAGGUGGCGAGACGGACCCGACCCGGCAAGCGGCACCGAAAUGAAAGGCAUCCUGGACAGCAUCUCCUGGUGUCAGCCAGGCCCGCACGUCGUCCUCCUGCUCAUACCGACCUUCCUGACCUGCACGCGGAAAUACCGAUCGGCCGUGGAGGAACACAUGAGACUGCUGGGAGAGGAGAUCUGGCAACGCACGCUGGUGCUCUUCACGUGGGGGGAGAUUCUGGGAGAGACUCCAGAGCAGCACAUCCUGAGGAACGGGGAACUGAUGGGGCUCGUAGAGAGAUGCGGGGGCAGGUAUCAUGUGCUGAACAGCAAGAAAAACAGCACCGCAAUCAAAGGACUAUUUGAGAAGAUAGAUGAUAUAGUAGAGAGAAGUGUCAGGUGUUGAAUUAAGAUGUGAAAAUUUAAAUAUGUUUUUGGACCCAUUAUGUGUACAGCUUUUAAUAAACUUAAGUGGUCAUCAACACAAAUCCACAUUUGAUCAUUUAAACUUUUUAAACCUCAAAUCUGCUAAUUUAAUGGCAGGGUCUUAACUAGAUAUAGGGGAAAAAGAAGUAGUUCAUUGUGCAAAAGUAAAUUGGGUCUUUUUAUUUAAAAUUUAAAUCUGAAAGAAACAAUAGUUGUCAAAAGAAUGUAGAGAAAUACACACAUACAUACAUAGAUCAGCAUAUUUAUUACUUUAAAAAUGAUUAAAAUCGGACUGAGGUGUAACAUCAUUUCUCUCACAAACUUUAGCCGACCUGCACUCUCACCAGACUUUCAUGCUUUCUCCACAAGAUGGGGACCUUGUGUCAGCGUAGAGAUUGCUCUCCGGGCACCGAUGUAAUCAGUGUUGAAAGUCACAGACGAUAAGGAGUUGAUGGUGAAAGUAUAGUGAAGCUAGUCAGAAUCUUUUUUUUUUUUACCCCCCAGCCAUGUUUUACAAUUUUCCACGUAAAUGGCUACUUUUGAAAGGAAGAGUACACAAAGCUUGACUAGCAGGCCCGUGCUCCGUCUUGACUGGAGGCAUUUCAGGAGAACCAAACCGUCUCGCAAUUAUAACCCCAGGGAGCCUCCACCAUGCUGAGAGGACUCCUGCUUUGACAAGUAAAUUAUGACUCUUGAUGAGAGGAGUGCAGCUUUCUCAGAAUGCAAUUUUUGACAGCCAGGAAAAUGCGGGUGGAUACAUACAACAACUUCCAUCAUCUGCGGAGCCAGAUGCAACAUCCAAAAACACUUGUGUGCAAUCAUCAGGCUAAUAAUUAUGGAGUGUGAGUGCUGGUCUGUAUCUAACAUGGCAGCAAUGUUUUUUUAAUCUGUCCAUUCAAUGCGGGCUGCCUUUAGAGGCAAGAUGAGAGGGUGUUGUGUAAAGAUGGAUCUCUGCUUCUUUGAUCAUCUCUGCAGGGUGGGAAUGUUUUCAAAGCGUCUGGGGAGAAAUUAAGGAGGGGUGGAAAAAAAAAAAGUUGUCAAAUUGCAGUUGUCAGAUGGCUGCUGAUGCAGACAUCAUUUUCAUUAGCAUAGCGUUUUAAAAAUAUCAGGUAGAGAGCGCAAACUCAGCCAUGAUAUCUAAUAAGAAAUGCUCCCUUUUCAUUUUUAAACCUUUAGAUUCAUCAUUAUGUAUUCAUAAUGUCACAAAACUUGAUUUAUUGAUUAUAAUCUUGGAUUGAUUAAAGAGCAUGAUGGUUUAACAAAAUGUUUCACCGAAAUGUUCAUGUUGGUUACUUAUUG